AACUCUGGACGCUGCAAAGACCUAUCACAUGUUGACACGGUUGGUGCCAUAGUUUCAAUUUCUUUUCAAGCGAGUUCAGCCUCUUGCACCUUUGCAAAGUAAGUAUUUACCUUCGUAUGUCUUCUGCAAAAGCCUCGAGAAAAAGUUUUUUGUUUCACUUGCAGAGAUCGAGCGCGUUGUUUAUCUUCGCCUUUCAAAACAUUUCGGUUUCGCUUCCCGUCUCCAAACAGCUGAUUUAAGCUUACUGUUUAUUUAUUGCUGAUCUGCGGCGGUUGCUUAGGUCCCUCAAAUAUUAAUUUUUAAUGUCUGAGCUGGAAAAUCUUCAGGUUUGUGUAAAAACUUUGAUGUGGUCGCUGUGUGCAAUUAAUUAUUAGCUGAUCGAACAAAGUGAACUUUUGCUACUAGCUUUAUGAUAGAAGUGUGAAUAAUUUAAACUUAAUAAGUCACCCGUCAUCUGUUCUUUAUGAAUAGCUAAAUAGUUGUUAUAUGAUGAGGAGUCGUAAUAUCUUUUUUAUUUACUAGUUACCUGAGUUUACUUACAGGAAAUGUGUUUGCCCGCGACGUUCAUUGGUCUUAACUUUACGUGUGAAAUUAAGAUGUCUUCUCAUUUCCCUUGUCAGGUGUUCUCUACGACCUCUUUCCCCUCUCCUGGGGAUUGUGUUGUCGAUGACCUGCUUAAGUUACCUUUAAACAGUUUUAUCAAACUUAGACCUGUUGUAUCUUAUCAAACCUUAAGCUGCAUGCAUAGGUUGGGGUAGAAAAAAUAAGAGAUAACUUGCAGUCAGGUCCCAGGAAUUUGAAUUUCUGAAUUGAAAAGGUCGAUGCAAAAUGCUUAUCGGCGGUGAUGAAAUUUGGUAACGACAUCAUUACUGUGAGAAACUGAGGGGUGACAGGCCACACAUCUUCAAUAGCAUGAAACCUUUGAAAACCAUUUACAUAUUAUAUUAUUCCUCUAAAUUAUGAAAAGACUUUUUCAUACAUUUCACACUUUUUAAAUAAUAGUAAAGGUGGGUUAUUUGCUUGAUGCUAUCGCUUCUUUGAAGCAAACAAAAAAUGGCUUGGUAGAGUUUACAUUUAGCAAAGGAAAAAAAAUGAGUUAUUUUAGCGACUUAUGCAACAGAUGAGUUAGUCAGUUCUGUGUAUUUCUGGUCAAUUUGUGGUGCAUUUUAUAUAAAGGAGAGAGACGAAUCAAUAGGGAACUUAAGAACCACGACGAAGUUCACGACGACGACGUCUGUUGACUGGGAAAGGACUGGAACGAGAAUGUCAGUUUCGGCGGGAAAAAGGAAACUUAAGAUGCAGUCGAUCGGUAGGUCGACGACGACGACACUGAAUGUAAACAAACAUGUAGAAGUAGUACAACUGUGAUGUUCGUUCGCAACAACGUUUUUUCGCAAAGGCGUCUUUUAAGACGAUGCAAGAUCUUAUUUUAUAAGCCGUACGUCUACUUUCAUUGACGAUGAAGAAUUUUUAGUGUUGUCUGACCUUUUCGAAUGGAAAAAUCUCUGCUUUCCAUACGAAGGUUAUUCAACGUUCAACCCGAAUGACAUGACCGAGUCCGAUUGUCUGUCGGAGUUUAGAUUUGGAAAAAGAGACAUUCCGAUGCGAUAGCUGUGUUCUAUAUAAAGUUCAUUUCCUCUAUAUUAAAGAUAUAUGAUUUGCCUGACCUAAAUACGUACAAAUAAAUUUGUCACUUACGAGUUCGCUCGCUCGGCCUGCACAGCUCAGUGUUGUCUUCGAAGUAAACACAAUUCAUCAGUCAAAUUUUUCAACAUCGCUUGUUAGCAGAAAAAAGAAAGGAUACCUGGAUUUACGAGGUGAAAAAAUACAAAGCCCUUGAAAAAUCGCUUAAAAACAGGGAGUUAUACCUGCCGAAGCUUGUGGACUGCAGGACGACGUGACUGUACUGUAUUUGGCGUCGUCGACGACACCACGAUGACGAAAUUUGUCAACCGCGCUUCCGCAGUGCACGGUAUCUCACUUCCGGUCGUCAUUGACAAAGCCGUCGUCGUGGUUCUUAAGUUCCCUAAUAAACUAUUCUGGACUUCUAGAACUUCAGAACAAUUAUUUGUCGGAACGAUACUCUGAGAUCGAGGUAACCUCAAAGCUUGCAAAAUAUCUUGUCUCAAUGUUGAGUGCUUUAGCAGGUAUUAGCAGUGGCUUGCCACUUUUUCGUUGUUUUCCUUCUUGAUUUGGCACCCUCAAAUCUGUUUCGUCACUCAGCCACAACUCCGCAACUUUCACUUAAGUAAACUGUUCCUCUGUAAUCAGGUCUUCAGUAUUAAGAAAUGCAUCCUCAUUUUUGUCAAUGACCUGACUAUGGCGCCGAGAACUCAACGAUUUUCUGUUGUUCCCAGCACUGUGGGUGUACUUUCAGGGCUUUAUUUGUUCAAGGAAAAUUUAUCCUUCACGUGCUUUUGAAUGUUUGUUUACAUUCAGCGCUCAUUUCUGCACCAUGCUGAUUGCCCAAAAUCUGACAGUUCAGUCAACGGGGAGCCACAGGGGGCACUGGAAGUUGAAUUCAAACUUCUGAGAUGUGACUGCAAGCUCUCUCUCCUUUUUGUGCCCCACUCAAGGAGUCUCCCAGAGAGCUUUCUCUCAGGCUAAGGAUGAUUCCGAGGCCUUGACACUCUGGAGAUAGAGGAGAUCACAUCAUAUGAAAGCUAAAUUCAAUGAUAUUGUUUUAUUAUUCUUUCAAAAUAUAUUUCUAAGUUCUUAAGCAACCUCACCUUCUCGUAGACUUUCUUUAAAACAUGGAAAUUUUUUGUUGGCAUGGUUUCAGGAUAUAAACAGUUCUGUCCAAAAAGUACAUACAAUUUUUUCUUCCCUUUCUUCUGUUCAGUUUUAGUCAGAAAUUUGGCUAUUUUGUCUUCAGAUUAAUUUCCUUUUUGUCUUAGUUUGUAUUUGUCUUCAUAUUUUGUUUAUUCAGGAAUUGGCAGUGCCAAUCACAGGCCAGUGGCUUUAUGGCUGAACUAAAUGUCUUGCUUUCUUGUGGGAAUGCUGACAAGACCUUGAAGAUUGAAAGAGACUGCACUUUUGAUGAAUUUAGAACACAAGUCAAGUCUUUGUUUCCCCAUUUGCCAGAGGUUAGUAAAUGUUUCUUCCUGGGAUCUUGAAAAGCUAUACCCAGCAUGACUAAGUAGUUUAGAGGGCUGGGUUUGAACUGAGUUCUCCCACCUGUACAUGUACAUUAUUCCCACCCUGAUCACUAGUUGAGGUUGUUCUUUUGUGGCAAACGGCAGGGGAGGGGGUUGCUUUUGGGGGUUAGCUUAAAGGAAGCUUUUAUAGUGGUGUGCUGCCAAGGCAUUUAAACCCUUACCCUGUUUAAGAAAAAUAUCAUUCAUUUUGCUACCCUGUUCAACACAAGCAACCUACCUCAUUUUAUCACCCUGAUUCACUUCUUUUUGCAUACAAAUUUUUAACUAACAUGACUUAAUUGUGAAGUUAUAUACCCAGUUUAAGACUCAAGGUCAUGAUAAGUGAGUACCCCUGGGUCUUGGUAGCCCUAAGCUCAGCUCUUCAGUCGUGCUUGUAAAUGGCCUGCAGGUGCUUUACUUCUGGCCAGUUGGAAUUCUUUCUGAACUACUCAGUCACCAAUAACUUUGUCACCCCCAUAAGUCAAUUUCUGCCCUAUAUUCUAGACUCGUUAGGAGUUAGCUAAAGUCCUUUCUUAUUCUUCACUAAUAAUUUUUUUUUAGUUGUUUUCAAUUUUUAUUUCACAGAACUGAUUUUGUUAUUCUUAUUUUAUUUAUUUUUUCAUUUUAAAGAACUUCACUAUCAGCGAUGGUGAUUUCAAUGAGCUGGAUUCCUCAAAUUUCUAUACAGUUAAAAACAGUAGACUUGAAACAUGGUGUCUGGUAUGUAUGGCAAAAAAUAUUACGCAGUGAAACAUCCAUUUACAUGUAUUGGUACCUUUCCAAAAACACCAGAAUUCACUCAGUGAAAGUUCUGUCUCUAAAAUGUACUUUCUCUAAGAGGAAAUUGGCAAAGAAAUGAAGAAUAACUGUGAAUACAGUGUUGUAAUAAUAAUAAUAAUAAUAAUAAUAAUAAUAAUAAUCCAUUUAUAUAGCGCCUUUUCUACGAGAUUCAAAGGCACUGUUUACAAAAAUUAGAUAAAACUAAAAAGUAAAAAUAAUCACAAGAAAUUGACAUUAAAACUAGACGCUAACUACAAAAUAAAUAAAUGUAUACAAUGGAUAAAAAAUCAGAUAACAAAUAAAAACAUCAUGAUUCAUAAGCUCGCAUAACCCCCGACGGAUGGGAUUCUGGAAAUUCUCGCGGGGGGGGUCGAGACUCCGGAAAUCCAGGCGGGAGGGGUUGACCUUAAAAAAGUCUUCUGCAGGGGUCAUUUCGACCGAUAGUUGAUACAAAUCAAACGUUUAGUUCGAUGACACUUAAGCGCUUUCAGACCCUGAAAAUAGUCAAAAUGUUUUGUUCAUAUAUUUCUCACCUGACAUAAAUGAUAAUCUAAGUUGCUUUACAGGUCCUUUUAUAGCAGAAAACGCGAAAAAGAUACUAAAGAACGGGCCUGAAGGAACUCGUCGCAACGUUGUUGUCACGAAGAGCGUCAAACGCCUGACACAUUUCUACUCGUACCCAGAGCCCGCGCGCGAAGAGUGAUUUUUAUAAGCUAAGAAAUUAUGUAAACACUCGUUCAGGUGUCGUUCGCAUUUUUGUUUUUUGCUCCUUUCGUUUUCAGUUCCACGCGAUAGAAUUAAGUAGUUUAAUAUAAGCUGAAGCUUUAGAAAUUAAAACAAAAACAUUUAGACGUGUUUUGCGUGUAUUUUCCAUUAAAAAUAAAUUAAAUUUAAGCCUUUUAUUUUUUCCCCGGAAAUCCAGGCGGGAGGGGGUCUUCCACCUUGGAAAUCCAGUUGGGAGGGGGGGGUCUUGUGCUUCAGGAAAUCCAGGUGAGAGGGGGGUUAAAAAGGACCCCAUCCGUCGGGGGUGUGGAUUUUUUCUGGAAUAACCCAUUGAGAUUAAAAUAGGGUUUAACUAAUAAAUUUCUAUUAGAGGAUCUAAGAUUGCGGCUGGGUGUAUACAAUAUUGAAGGAAAUUGUAAGCAAAUUAAAGUUCUGUUAAAGAGGAUUCAUUUGUUAUGAAUAGCAAUGCAGUAGGGUCUUGUUCACAGCUUUAAAAGUUAGAAUGACAAACGCAUGUGACAUAAUGUGGUCUAGGAAAGAAAGGGUCAAGCUAUUUAACCCCUUCAGUUUAUGGGCUGUUGCAAGUUAUGUUUACUUACUGAAGGACCAACUGCUUCUUUUCUUUCCUGUCUUUCUAAUACUGAAGGUCCGUGGCUCAAGUGAAGAAUCUUAUAAGCUGGAUAAACCACAUUCAGAACUGAUGCGAUAUGACGUGCAUCCAAAUGCACUCACGCAAAGUGGCAAUUAUCAUUUUAGUGGUAAGAACAAGUUUGUAAUGACUCAACCAUUGUCUGGUUGGCUCUGCUGUUAGAGUGCCAGUCUGGCAGAUUGAAAUGCCAACUACAUGUAACUAGGUCUGUUAGUUUUGGAUAUUUAUUUUUUUUUAUAAAUUGCAUCAGGGUAACACGCAAAUAUGCCUCCUCUUCUUUUCUCCCCUCUUGUGCAUGCAAAAUUUCUCCCUUCACCCAGAAAAAACUAGACUGGUGCAUGCUACACAGGCUUUAACUGUAGGUCUUUUUAAGUGAUAGGAUUGUGUUGGCUGGCACUAAGACCUUGACUAAGUUGUUCAAAGAACAAUGAUUGCUAUUAGCACGACCAUGACAACUCAAAUGCUAGAUACUUACAAAGUCUGUGCUGUAGUAGCAACCCAUGGACCAGCAUGCAAUGAAAAUCAUGUCUGAUAGCCAGCAGCUGGUGGAUUUUGCUGUCAGGGUAGUGAAUCCUGUUAUUUACAUGCCUGACAGGCAAGCAAAUUUUUUUGGGAAAAUUACAGAAGAGCAUGUAUUCAAUGAACUGUAAUCAAUCCUAUUCAUCAAUUUUUUUGUGGGGGUGGGGUGGGGGGGAGGAAGGGGCUAGUUGAGGUGACUUUUGGGCUGGUACAUGUUGACUACACCUUGCCCUAAUGGAAAGCUCUAAAACUGACUUUCUUUGCACCCUGGUGGACCCUUGUGCAUCACUGAGUCUGAGUCAGGGCUGUCAUUAAUGGCUGGAAGCUGGGAAUUUCCCCCGGCAACAAGGAACAUGAAUCCCAGCUACUUUCUGUGGAAGUAGAGGAAAAAUAAAACCAAAAGGAAAAUUGCUAGCUGUUUAAUUCCCUGCCAACUUGUUGUAUUUAUGUGUCAACUUGAAAUCUUAGUGACAGCCGUGUCUUGGACAACUAGUAGUUCAUGUCUGAAGUGACAACUGCAUUUUAUAUGCUUUGUGUAUCCUUAAAUAAUGUCACUUUGUAAUAAAGGGAAAAUUCUUGACAUUUUGUUUUAUUUACAGCUAGCUACCAAGCAUUCUGUGAGUUUAUUGAUAACUCCAUUCAAGCAACCAGCAUAAAUAAUACCAAGGACACAGAGAGAAUUAUUGACGUUCAUAUCUUUCUUAGAGAUGUAAGUAAAAUUGCAAGGAAGUGGAGUAAUUCCAGGUCAGAGUAUGUAUCUUGAGUUUGCAAGGCUAAAAGAAGAGUGCCCUUGUGUGUUUGGCUCCUUGGGUGCUCUGUGUUUGCGGUUUCUGUGAUCAGGGUUCAUACAGAGUCUUGUAUUCUUGAAAAAGUCUCGAAAUUAUUUUCCCCCAACAAUUUUUCAGACCUGGAGAAAGUCUGGAAAAUAGAGAUAGUCUUGAAAAAAUGGUAAAUAGUCUUGAGUUUUUUGAAAGUUACAAUAAGUGCUUUACAAGUGAGACUUUUUUUUCGUGCUGGUUAAAUCUUAUUCAAUCUCACCUGUACGUUUGCAGCGCAUCAUGGAAAAAGCUUUGUUCCUUCAUUGUUUUAAGGUCUUUAUUGAUCACCUAUUUAACACCUAUUUAUUUGAGUCCGGAAAAAGAAAUUAUUGCUUUGGAAAAGUCUGGGAAAAGUCUGAACUUUGGAUCCAAAAAUCUUUACAAACCCUCUGGUACAAGGUUGAUGCCUUAAUUUUAGACCCCUUCAGUCUCAUGUUCUUUAGCCUGCGAGUAAGCUUUCCUAUUUGGGCUAGGGAACUCGAGCCGCGCGAGAACGCGCGAGCGAUUGUCGGAGCCGCGAGGGGCCGAGGAAAGGAGCUCUCCUUUCUCUUCCCUACCCCCCGCUUUCGCGUCUCCUCUCGCGUGCCUCUCGCGCGUCUACUUUUCAUGAUAUCCCCCAAAUGAAAAGCUUGCUCGCAGGCCACAUGUUCUUUACAAGUUAAGUACAAUCUGGGCGGAGAGCAAACUGGCCACGGAAAUGUUUGUAACUAUGGCGUUGCUGUCAUUAGCCAUUUUUAAUUAACUCAUGACCUUUUCUCCCUCUGUGUAAAACAGAGCUGUUUAGAAAUGAUAAAUGUAAAAAAUGGUAAAAGAGACAAUGUUUUUAUUCUUGUUCCUGACAGAAACUGGUUGCAAUAUUUGACAAUGGAGAAGGUAUGUCAUAUGAGGGACUCAAGGCGUUUGCUACAUACUUUUUGUCACAAGCUGAUCGUGGGCUUGAGAAGGAAGAAGUUGAUCUCAUUCCUGCUUAUUUGGAUGGUGCUAUUUCAAAGUUUGGAGUAGGAGCUACUCAAGCAGUAAGUCACAAGAAAAAAAUUGAAUUGCUUUAAAUUCAAUUUUCAAAUUAUCUUUUAACAGUAUAGACUGAAAAUAGGGAACGCCAUUACAAAUGAUACUAUUUAACGUACGUCAACGGGAAAUGGACUUUUUGCAUGCUUUGGCAGUGGUUUUUGUCCACGUUUUCGGGCAAAUCGCCUUUAUAAGAUUAAAAUCACUUUGCAAUACAAAUUAGGUAGUGUUAUAGCGUGCGGACACAGACGUAUUGCUGGUAGCCGCUUCUCUCCGUGUGUUCCACCCGAAAAGUAACGUCUGCGAACCCUAGCGGGACAACGAUUUCCAUGACGUAAAACCUUUUGUUUUGGUGUUGAUCAAUCAGAUCAACAACCUCGUUCCCAGGAGAGAACCCUGGGAACGAGGUUGUCAGAUCAAAACAUAGCCUGUUCCGGGCUCCGAGAUAGUCGGGUCCGCUGAAUUGAGAAAGCGCAAACACGAAAAUAAAACGGCCCGCCAACUGUUCGCGUACCUUUUACUUUCGCGUCUUCCCCACUAUCUGAGAGCCUGGAACAGGCUAAUCAAAAGACAGAAUACAGCUCAAGAGACUCCUCGCGCGCUGGCAUAUCUAGGAUUUUGGCGAGUGUUUCUAAAUACGCCUUGGAAUGUGAAUUUCACGACUAUAAGAAGGUUUCCUGUGAUGUUGAACGCUGACUUCUUUGUGAAGCAACGGCUUCUUGAGCUACGUAUAUUAUGUGGGCCUUUGGUUUCGCUUUAUAAAACACGGUAGUAGGUGACAUAAACAAAACCUGGACAAGAUAAUCGCUACAGGGAAAGGAAAAUAGUAUAGCUUUAUGACAUCGCACUCAGACUCGCGAUUUAUUUUAAUUUAAUUUGGUGAAUCGAUUGUACAAACACAUCCUUGACUGAGAAUGAGUCAAAAAUCUCUGACAAUCUCUUGAUAAUAAUUCAAAAUCCUGCAAGUAUCGCCAUUAUACAAUCAUGUACAAUGGUCUGAAAUAUUAUAAACCUAGGCCGGAGCCAGCGUGAAGUAGAUAUUUAUUACGUCUGUGUCCGCAGGCUGGUAGCGUUAAGCUUGACGUGGGUCGCUCAUAAACAGCUUUUGCUUAAGAUCCCUAAUAUUGCAUCCUCUGAACAAAUCAGAGCCGGUUCACCGCCGUACAGGACCAUGAUACAUGUGAUUGAAAUGUUUUUCUUCACAGGGUUUUUACCUUGGCAACCGCAUCAAAGUGAUCACCAAGAAAGAGGAGUGUCCUUAUGUGACUGAAAUCACCAUAUCCAAGGUAAGUCUAAUUAUUAAUAUAUUCUUUACUUAAAGGAACUUUAUUCGAUUUAACAUAACAACUUCUUUUUCCCUUAGAAAAUAUAUAUUUACAGUGGAAAUUUCAUGUCCUCUAUGUACGACCACCUCUCGUAAGCGGCCACCUAUCCAAAACACCUGUCAAAGCCCUAAAAUUAAAACCUCUCGUAAGCGACUGUGGCGGCUAACGGUUUUAUAAUUUUACUUUGUUGUUAACCUCUUGUAAGCGACCGUUUGCGCAUGGUGGUAUCUCUUUGUUCGCUGUAUGUACAAUAAGCCUCUCAAAGUAGACAAAGAACUUUCCCCGAACAACAUGGAACCACACAUAUUGAUAAUAAUCGUAACUAAGAAAUUGCAUGCAAUAAAUUCUGUAGUAGAUGUGUCGGAACUUCUUCAGGGAAAAGAGACAGGGAAAAGACCCCCUGGGCCCAGUUGUUCGAAGGCCGAUUGGCGCUAACCCUGGGUUAACCCAGGUUUCUAUUUCUUUUGUUCAAAAGCAUUUUUUAGGAUAAUUUUGUCGAUUCUUUUCACAGCAUCAAAUCAUCAAAUUGUGGACCAAAAGGAUAAAACUGAAUUUGCUUUUAAGCCUUCUAAUCUGAAUUGAAAUUUUGCACUAACUCUGGGUUAUCUUAACCCUGCUUUGAAGAACCCAGCCCUGUAGGUUAAUUCCCGUGAGUGACCACCUCCUGAAAGCGACCACUCAAUCGUCGCAUUUUGGGUGGUCGCGUACCGGGGAGGUUCGACUGAAUUUAUUUAUUUGUUUAUUUAUGUGUCGUUUUCAGGAGAAACUUCAACAGAGGGCAAAGGAGGGGAAACCAGUAUUUGAAGACUACAGAUGGAUUCGCAACCCAAGUGAUACUAGCACUCUUGAAACUGAGGAAGAAAAGCGGUGCUUGAAGGAUGUUGUAAGUUUGUUAAGCUUUUUUGUAUAGGAAAACGAUCCUCGCGCUUUGUUCUUGGUUUUCACGCAUCGCUCACAUUUUGCGCACCUCUCGCUCAGUUGUCGUAGCACGACUUUUGGGUAAACCUAAAAUUAAAAGAUGUCUCAAAAAAGCCUCGUCAUCUCAGUCUCACUAAAUCACAAACCAAGACUUCAUAGCUCAGUUGGUAGAGCAACGCACCGGCAACGCGGAGGUCAUUUAAUAAUUUUAAGGCCCUCUCACCAGCAGUGUAAAUGUAAAUGUAAAUGUAAAUAUCAUAUUAUCCACUCCCCUCAGGGUUUUUCAGGGAUAAUUUACAACAAUGGCUGGGGGACUUUGCCAGACUGCUUAAGUUGCAGUUUACAAGUAAUGAAGAAAUGAGUAAUGAUGCCCCCAUACAUGAGUGCAAAGUGAGAUAGACCACUACACCGGGUACUACGUGCCCUACUCUUUAUGAAGAGUGUGUGGGUUCUUUAACGUCCAACAGAUUUUUUAUUACAUGUGCUAGGGCUUGUGAGACGGGGCCUACGGUUUAUCGUCCUUAUCUGAGAAGACUAGAAAGACAAACCGUUUGCAGAUGUUAUUACAAAGGCAGCACUUUCUCCUCAGUUAUUUGAAGACCCUGAGUGUUGGUCCGGCCGGGGUUUGAACCUACGGCCUCCCGCUCAGCAGACCGGCGCUUAUCCCAUUGAGCUAACCGGGCGGCAGUUAAAUGAUGUAAAUGGAGCGAUGUAAAUGGAGCAUCGCUUUAUGGUCUUUAUCAAAGCUUGGAAAAAACCGUUGAAGGCUCCAUUGAGUUUGAUCUAUUACUUGUUUUCUUGCAACUCACGUUGACUGUUUGAAAUUCACGCAGAUUGAAAGAGAGGCGGCAUACAAUCAAUUUACAAUGAUUGUGAUUACGGGUAUUAGAGAUCUACACAUCGAAUCUAUUCAGGAGGACGGUGGAAACAGUCUUGCCAAGAACCUGGCUCACGUUUACCACUUCUACUUAUUUGGCGAAAGAGGUCGCUCAGGGAACAUGAAACUUCCUUCCCUGGGAAACUCCAGGAUACCUGUAAGUGUUCAUAGUUUUUCCUUUAUAUGGAUUUGUCCACUUUAACUUCGAAGAACAGCUGGUGGUAAAAAUUCUGUUAAAACACGUUUGACAAUUUCGUGCACAUGGACUGUUUGGUCGGUGGAGCAUGGCCUUUUUCCCUUGAAGUUACGUUUUGAUGGGUUAAAUCAGAAUCGUUGUUGUCAGUCGAUUGUUGUCAGACGAUAGGGGCUGCAAGAGGACUGCUGAAACAUGCUUACACAAUAGUUGUCUCUUGCAAUAAGCCCAAUCACAAAGAACCACAAUGCCCUCCUCAUGAAAAAACAUUGGUAACAAUUUUGUCGUGAACAGUAGCUUUUUUUAACUUUUACUUUUAUUGAGUUAGUGGACAAGUGGGAAAAUUUUUAUGAAUAAAGCAUUAAUUUUUUUUCCAGCCGGAGUUGGGAUUAAGCUCAUUUCUUAAGGUGGAUAUUAGGCUGAUCAUAGAUGAUGGCCGAAACACCAACCAAAAGACAUAUUUUAAUCUUCGCGACAUCGAGGAUGACAUUGAAAGUCUGUACCAGACCAGAGCUAAAGCGUGGUUUCCAUUCUCACUUACGAUGAAAGUUCCUGAUUUGGAUCCCCAUCAAACCGUACAGGUAUCUAGUUUUACCUACACUGUACCUUGCGUGGCCGGCCCUCAAGCUAAAUAAAUGAAUAAAUAAAGCGGACACUAUAAAUGUAUGAGCCAGUAAUAAUUAAUCUUCCCUCUCUUGCAACUGAAUUGAUGAUUCGCCCCCGCAAAAUCUGCUGGGACGCCAGAUACGUGUCUCAAUACCCUUUCAAUCAAAGUUGUCCCAUACAGUCUCAUCAGUUUGAAGUGCGAUACCAUUCGUCGACCGCAAUUGUAAGUAACGAUUUAGUGGAAGAGCUCUUAUCUACCUUUCCACAUGGUAUUUAGGAUUUUUUUUCUGAUUUAGAGCAGAGAGGGAAAAAGGAGUAACCGGGCAAAAGACAACAACAACAACAGAAAAAAAGAAAACCCACAUAUGGCGUUUUUCUCGAAUUCAAUCCCGGGCGACGCUGGUACGAGGCAAACCACUUGCUUUCUCCACUGCGCCACUCUUGUGCGAACUUGUUCGCGCAGGUGCGGGAGGGGUCCGACAGAGAAGGGAAAGGGACUAUAGUUUUCCGGAGGCCCUCAGGAAUAGUUUCAGUGGAUUUUGAGCUACUGGGGAUAGAAAUUUAGCAGUAGGUUUGACACCAUUUUUUACCCACGUUUUCUUUGUUCCUUAUCAUGUGUUUUUUUUUUUCGUUCAGUGACUUAGAUUUAUUUUUAUUUUCUGUGAAUAGUCAGCGUUUGCGUGACGAAUAAACGGUGAUUUUCACCGGUCGCCGAAGCUUGCGGACAACUCUGACUGUGAUCAGUAUAUAUAAAGUGACCAGCAAUGUAAGUGUGGAUUUUUCAAUUCAACAUUUCACUUCCUAUUUUUCUUCUCCACAUUAGGGCGUGUUGAUGUAUUUCCCCCACGAGUCAGGGCAAGAGACCUUGCCCCGGCCUGAUGACCUGGAAGAUGACGAACAGGAGCCAAUAUUUGAAUGUUUCUGGCAAGGAAGACUGGCGCCUCUGUCGUAUGUUCACAAGUAAGGCACACAAGUUUAGUUUGGUUUCUAAACCAAGUCUUCUCAGUACAGGUAAUCAUACGACCUCGGCAAAUAAAUUUCACAUUGAACGAGAAAAUAAUAUACAUGAGAAAAUUUGCUGGAUCAAAAUUCGUCUCCAAAACAGUCCCACAAUGCAAUUGGACACUAACCGACCUAUUCUCGGGAACAAUCUCUUUGCGGUACCUGAUUGGUUCUUAUGUAUUCCUAUUGUUUAUUUGCAAAUCACAGUGCUUUGAGAUAUUGGCAUUUUAUUUCCUUGUUUUUGCAUUGUUUUCCUCGUUUUGCUCUGUGUUUACUAAAACCUGCAUUGCUCUCAGCCAAUCAGUUUCAAGAAUUUUUUCAUGUAUAUUAUUAAGGCAGUUACAUGUACCUGCGCAUUAAGAAACAGUUUCAGAAUUGGUGUGCGCACUCAGCAGAAAAACUGAAACGAUCGGACCUCGAUACACAUACAGCGACUGUCCAAGGUGAGAAAAUGAUGACAUUCACGGGGACACGUACAACGCUUACCGAGACGUAAAGAAAAACGCAAGCCGCCUCCAAGUGCCGAAAAACGUGUUCCAGUCGUUUCUAAAUUACCAAAGCAAUGUCAAGCAUCGAUUAAAGUGACUUUAGUAAAGCCGCUAGACAGAAGAAAAUGUUCUUUUUCUUUCAUAUUUCUUUUUCCCUAAAAGGAUGGAAUUUUGUACUUCGCCCGCUCAACGAUCCAAAAGGCAGAAAGACGUUGUCCCGGAUAGCUGCUAUCGCAGGUUGAAGGGAAUCCUGUUUUUCAACCGACAUACUCCAGUAUCUAAUAACAAGCUGAAGAUUCUGUUGGAUGAAAGGAAGGACUUAUCUACAGCGCUGGAAGAUGCAUCCACUGAAAGAAGGCUACCGCAAGAAUUCAGAACAUGGCUUGAAAAAUGCCAUCGAGAGCUUGAUAAGGAGGUGAGACUAUGAAAGGAUUUCUGGAAAACAUGCUGUUACGCCCCCUGUGGGGGGAGGGUACUUCCUAUAAUGGCCUAUUCGGGGAGGCUCCGCCCGAAAGGGCUACCUUUUGCAGGCUUCUAAGAAAGGGUAAGGUUAUUAACGUCGAUUGAAGUAUACAAAAGGGGUAGGGAAAUCUGUCAUUGCGGUCUGUGAUAAGAUCUGAAGGGGCUAACAAGCGCAUUGUAUGGCUGUGAAAAAGAAAAGAAAGCUUUCUGGUUUAGUGGCUUAUUCAUAUAUAAAAGAUGGUUCAUUUAGAGGGGUCCGCGGACUUCGGAGCGGAGCCUCCCCGUAUGAAAUUUUGUUAAGUACCCCCCCUCCCUCGAUACGUUUAACUAUCCCUCUCCUUUGAGGUAAGUGACCAAGGUUUGAGGAAUAUUCAAGAAUUUUGUUCGGAGUUGUCUCUUUCGAGGAAAAGAAAUUUAGGAAAAAACAAAAGGUUUUCAAAAUUUGGGAAAGUCGGCAGAUUUGCUGAAAAUCAGGAAAAAUCUUAAUUCUUUACCUAGUCAAUGAUAUUUAGAGAAUGGUUUCUGACUGUUACAACGACAUCUGUUGUUACCGUUUGUCCCUUACGAAAACAAAAGAAAGAAAUGUCGUUUUGUAAAAUACUUAAAGUCGAAAUUAUAGCAAUUUUUGAAAGUACUGACAAGAUGUUUCAUUUAACUGGCUUGUAGCAAAUUAAUGUUAUAUAUUCACCCAGAAGAUGAUAAUACGUUUCUUAAUUGCCCACAUACCCCUCCCCUAAGCCAACAUUAACACUUAUUUUUCACUUUGGACAAAAUUUUGGCUUAAGGGAGGGGUUGGUACGCAGUUUCCCAGAAACGUAUAAUGAUCGCUAACGGAUCCAAAGUUAGAAGUCGCCCCAGGUUAGGUAAUCCAAGACAGUCUUGGGUUCUGGAUUCCACGCUGUGGAUUCUGGAUUUUAGGUACUGGAUUCUGGAUUCUUGUCAGUGUAACUGGGAUUCCGGAUUCCAACCCUUAGUGGGAUUCCGGAUUCCUUGAGUUGAAUUCCGGAUUCCAAAGCCCAGGAUUCCAUAUUUCACAUGAAAGAAAAUUUGCGGAUUCCGGAAUCCGGAUUACCUUACACGGAGCAAUUUAGAUCUCUGAGAAACUGCCCACCUUCCCCUCCCCUAAGCUAACAUUAACACUUACUCUCACUUAGGGCAAAAUGAUGGCUUAGGGGAGGGGUAGGUGGGCAGUUUCCCAGAAACCUAAAUUGAUUUCCUUACACGUACACGGGGCCGGGUGAUAGAACCACAUUAAUUACCUGCAUAAUUGACUCCAAAAGUGAAAGAGCUAAUCAAUGGAUACGCACGAUUUUUUAUUACAUCAGGUUAGUUUCGAAUCUCAACUGCCAAACUCCCAACAGCCGAACUCAGGUGAUGUUCGCUACGGCGUUCUACGAGUGACCACCAGCUCUGGUGUGCAGGUUUAUAAAACAGGAGAUGUUGUCAAGCUUGACACGAAACCAAUCAUCUAUGGCAAGGUCAAGUAUUUUGUCAAAGUUAGCAAGAAAAAUGAUGUGGACAAAGUGGUGGUUCAGCGACAGCCUGACGAGGUAAACUGUAUGGCAAUUUCACUGAGACAACGUGAUGAGAAUGACGUAGGGGCGCGCAGAUUUGAAAACCGAAAUGACCAAUGGCAGAACGGCAAAUUGAGUACCGAAAGUCGUGUUCUGUCCUUUUCGCGAGCUUUCGCGUUCUCGUUGUACGUUGCAUUGUGUUUGCAAAAUCUGCCAAAGCAACAAUUGUAAUACGUUACUAUGCACGUUUAUCUUUUUAUGGACAACACACAAUAACCUCCUCAAUAAGCCAACCUGGGGCGUAUUUUUUCCCCAGAUAUUUUAAGGGGAGAGAAGGCGCUUUUCGUAGAAGGCUUAUUAGAGAGAGAGUGUGUUUGCAUUUGGGGUGGGGGAGGGGGUGAUAUUUAAAAACCUAGCGGCAACCCUUUUUAGUUCAUUUCCUAAGCAGUAUUAUUAUAUACAUACUGAGAAAUACUCACCAAAAAGCUAUGUCGUAAAUUUUCGUACGCAAAUUAGUUAUAGCCAAUCAGAGGAGCGAACGAUGGUUUUCACACGUGAAAAAAACGAUACGUCCAAUCAGAAUCGCGAACGAUGUUUUUUCACGUGUGAGAAAAAUGAUACGUCCAAUCAGAAGCCACAGAGGUGUGCGAGUUUCGCGCCAAAAUUCCCGCCUUCUAUUGCAGCUUGCAGCGCCGCUUCGCACACAUUUAUCAACGAGAAAAGUUUUACUCAAGGAGUAAAACAUUUCGGAAAUGGAGUGGAAUAGUUUCGUUUGUUUCACUGUCGAUAAAAAAAUACGGUAGAGAGCCGGCGAAACAACAGCGGAAAGGGAUAAACAGAACGAGACGUAAGCUUUUGUUGUGCUUUUUGUCGGAGCUACUUUGCCUUUCAUUUAAGCUUAAGCUUAUAUUGAAACCGGCCAUUUUACUUAAAUUCACUCAUUUUCAAUUGUGCAUUGAGAACAAACAGUUAAGAUUACUUAUAGUUCUUGGAUUAAACCUCAUAUCCUCACCGUCAUUUAUGUUUUUAACAAACGUUUUUACUAAAAAGCUGGUACUUCGUUUUCGUUGUCAUUUUGCGGUAAGUGUGUAGCGGCAAAUUUUAGCAUUUUUGAAAGAUUUAAAAUAAAAAGGCCCGCAAAAUGAUGAAUGACUCAGUAUGUAUAUAAUAAACACAAUACCACAUGGAAAGUGCUUUGUACGGUAUUUACGCACUCGUUGUUUUUGUAUCAGAAAUCUUACUCGUUCGCUGCGCUCACUCGUUCGAUUUCUGAUACGUCAACAACUCGUACGUAAAUACCGUACGCCAGCACUUUCCAUGAAGUAUUCUCUACUUAUGAACUGAUCUGUACGGCAUUAUGAACUUUUUUUUAUUGAUUGACUUAUUUUCAUGGAAUACAGUUGUUUUCGGAGAAUUUUGUUAUAGAGCGGUUUUCAUUUGAGUAUCGUAAAACCAAAACCAAAGAAAUUACUCUAGCCAAUCACAAAGGACACAGACAAUACAGUGAACCAAUUAAAACUCGAAGUAAUUACAUGUAGCUGACGCAAAGCGCGGGAAAAUGCAUGCGAGCGUGACACAAUUGGUUUUGGUUUUCCUUCUGAUUGGAUUAAAAAGUGGCGCGAAUCUUUUAAGCCAAUCACGUAGCGUAGUAAACGCAAAACCAAUUACCUUUAGACACUCAAAUGAAAACCGCUCUAUUUCAUGAUUGGUUAGCCUGCGAACGCAGACGUAGUUCCGGUCGUCGCUUCUCUCCAUCCACGGAGUAACUAAUAUGUUUGCAGGCAGGUGAUUGCUUAGUGUAACAGUUGAAAUCGUACCAAUGGGAGCGGGACUUUACAGACGGGCGGAGCGCGUGAUAAAUUUUGACUGUUUAAAAGAGCAGGGGUUCAAUGGAGAGAUGGACGAUAUAGAGAAGCGGGCCUUAUUUGAAAGAUUACGGAAAACGCAUGGCAACGAAUUUUGUUCUUUCUCUAUGUGAAAUUGUAUAAACUCCCUUAGAAUUCAACUUCAGGAAAUUUGCGUUCAUUUGACCAAUGAAGGAGCUGGGAUAACCGCGGUGAUGUUUAACGUUAAACAGCACAAAUUUACUUCUCAAGUGACAUUUUUGCUGCAGUCAGCGUCGUUGUUUUUUAAUUUCCUUAGUCUUUUUUAUCCUAAGCGCCGUUCAUAGCAAUUAAUUCUCUAGUUACUUUGUUUGCACUGUACACUUAAAAGAGUUGGGAUCUUUCUGAAGUUCGACUCCCAAGUAAGGCGACGUCUUUCACUCCCGUCUCCGUUGAUGAAGGCUCUCUUAAUAACGCGCUAUUUCUACCUGAGGUUCCAGAGUGUGUUUUUUUUUUUUAUCGCACGCGACGAGACGCUUCGAAUUCGGUUGGAGACCGACACUUCUUCGGCCGAAGGCAAAGCAGAAAGCGCCGAUGCAGCGAGAAACGGUAAACUGCGCGUAGAAAGUCUUAGGUAUCCAGGGUACAUUAUUUCGUACCUUUUAUGUGAUAUCCGCCAUUGCUUUCAACUUCUUUCUGUCAUGAUGCAUCUUUUGUAUGCAACAGAGGCCUAGUAAUGCUAUCCACAAAUAUGUACAUUGAAUACGCCUUUUUCAAAAAAAAUUAAUACCACAAUACUCUUUCACUGUCAACAACAGUCCUACUCAGGACUACGUUCACCCGGACGAUCAUACUAAACCUACUUACAAUACUCUUUAUUGUCCCUCCAAAUUGUUUUCAAUUGCUCUUGGUACUCACAAUCACCCCAAGAGAAAUUGAAAACAAUGCUUAUGCAAAAUUUUGGAGGGACAAGAAAGAGUAUUAUGUUAUUUUUUAAAAAAGGCCUAAUCUCUCUUACCCUAGGUUUAUCUUAGUCAAGAGGAAGAGCGGCCAAUCUCUAGGAUUCUCGAAAUCCCUGAUCAGAACACUUUAAAGCGAGUCUUUAACCAGGAGAAACAAAUGCUUCCCCAAACAGGUAAUGUGAUGUUUGUUUACCCUUUUUUGAAACUGUGCUACUUCAAUUCUUUGUUAAGCAGUAGCAAAUAAUUCAGACGGAUCUGGGUUUGGUAUACUAUAUGUACGCAAGUCCGCUGUAAGGACUCGAAGGUAAACGAGCCCGACUUGUUGGUCAUUGUCGGAGAGCGUUGGAUUCGUUUUUAUAGGGUCCAAACUUUUUCACUGAUGAGAACCUAACAAUAACCCUUACCUUCACAAAAGUGGUCAACGUCAAAAUCCAAGAAAAUAUUCAAAUUUUGUGUUGUGAAAUGCCGAAAAACACUACCAUGUGAAAGUACUGUCAGAGUAGGUUUCAUUUGAAUUAGCCUUUUCCAGGCUCCGAAAUAGUCGGGUCCGCUUAUCUGAGAGCCUGGAACAGGCUACAUUUGAAUGGUCACACCACAGGAUUUGAUCCACAGACUCAAAAGUUAGAACAACGUACUAAAUAAAUAGUACCAUGUGAAAGUACUGCUCGAAGAGGUUUCAUUUGAAUGGACACACCAUAGGAUUUGAUCCACAGUUAGAACAACAUACUAAAUAAAUAGCACCAUGUGAAAGUACUGCUGAAGAGGUUUCAUUUGAAUGGACACACCAUAGGAUUUGAUCCACAGACUCAAAAGUUAAAACAACGUACUAAAUAAAUAGUACCAUGUGAAAGUACUGCUGAAGAGGUUUCAUUUGAAUGGUCACACCAUAGGAUUUGAUCCACAGACUCAAAAGUUAAGGAGUGAAAGGGUUAAUAGGACUGUGUCACGGCUGUCCAGUUCAUUUUGUUUUAAUGUUCAUUUCGUGUCCUUUUUUGCCAUGGAGGUAUUUUAAGGUAAUUCAAGGAACGAGCCAUUUUAGCUUUUGCCUGCACAAGUGGCGCACUCUCUUCAGUGUGAACUGUUUUUGCCUAACAUUAAAUUAUAAUGGUGUAUCAUUUAUAAGAGACAUGGUGAGGAACUCUGCUACUUUUUCUUUGCCAUUUUGACUCCUAAACAGCUAUCGGCAGAAUCCUUAUAUAGGGUCCUAUCGCAGACCAUUUCCGAGUUCCAAAAACUCUCACUUUCAAAACGAGGCUAAGUGCAAAACCUUCGUUGUGAUAAUAAGUGUUAUUUGGAUGAGAAAAAAAUCAUUUGCAUAUCAAUGGCUUCGUACUUAACCUAGCUUUGGAACAGAGGCUUGAGGCAACUCGAAAAUGGCCUAUUUCGGGCGUGUUCGAAUGAACGUAAACCGGAAUAUAAAGAAUAAAUGGAAUUAACUCUAGAAAUCACUUAUUUUGGCGUUCAUUGCAUUGCAAUAUCUAGAAAUCUGCUUGAAAUAAAAUAUUCCGCUGUAUGUAGCGUUUAAGUGGUCCAGAAUUGGGGAAAUUACGGCACAAGAGAUUUGCAACUAAACUUUUGCGUAUUCUUAUUCUGGAAUACAAUCAGUGGACACGUCCUUAAUAUUACGCUUCAACAAUUCACACUCGUGAGCUUGGGUUACGUGUGGUACUCGUCUCUCAUGCUUUUUACUUCAGUGAACAUAUCUUUUAAUGUUGCGUUAUAGUGAAAGUGUACAAACACAAUUUAACAAAUGAAAUUACUAGCAAGACUCAACUGCACUGGUAUGCUGGUGAAACACAGAAAGAUUUUUCUGGCUUCUGGGUAAAGAUCUUCAGCGGCGAGAGACCGCCUAAACAGCUGGUGUCUGUACACAACAAGAAACUCAGUGUUCGCCAAGUAAGGAGUAACGAUGUUUAAGUUUUGUCUGGAUAAGUAGCAGGUCGGUUCUAAGCUGAACUUGAGGCCAGAUGAUUUACACGUUUCAUCUUUGUCGCGUGCGAUAGAUCAACAGCACGAAACGUAUCGUGUAAAUCAGCCUUCGAGUGUCGUAAGGUUGAUUUGUUACACGUCACUAUUCAUGUUGCAAAAUUACCGCUCCGUUUGGAAUGCCGAUGGUUCAGCUUACCAAGGCUUUUUCAUUAUACAAGGUAAUUUUUUCGCAACUAUUCAUAGUCUAGUAGUUGCGUUCUAUAUAGCAAAUUUAUGUUGACGUUAAUUCUCCUAAGUACAUCACUUACUGCAAUGUGUUAGAGUAGGCAAUUGUUCCAGCAACAUGUGUCACAACAAAGUUGCGAGACAAGUUGCAAUAAUAAUUACCUUGCUUGAAAGGACCUAACACUUGCUCCGUUGUUGAUGCAGAGAACAGUACAUGCGUGGACGCGCGGAGAUAUGGAAUUUGUCUUCGAAUGUCAAAUCGAUAUCUCACGAAUGAGAACAUCGAAUGACAGAGUGAUUAAUUUGAUCACAAAGGGCCAGUUAUUUAAACGUGAUUCAGUCAGUGGUUAACAAAAUCGUGUUCUAAGUCAUUUUCAAUUUGCCCAAAGGUUUUAUCUAGACACCAUUUAUUGUGAACAGUUUUAUGAAAGCAUAUAAAGGAGACUAAAAAAGCAUUUAUCUUCUUAAAAUAACCCACGCGUUUUAAGUUAGACUUCGUUUAAAUAACCGACCUAAAAAGCUUAACUUACGCUACGGUAAAACGGGCGAUACAAACGUGCAACUUGUUUUGCAAUAUUGCUGCUAAAGAAGUUCAAAACAAAUGUUGCGCACUUUACCGCCCAGAUUCAAAUCCUGUCUUGCCACAAAUCAGGUUGCUACAAGUUGCGUGACUCUGACUUCUGAUUGGAUAAAAUUACGCAGGAGUCACUUUAUACACGGGAUUUACGUCACUUGCCGCAAAGCAAAUUUGCCUUGGGCAGGUAAGAUGCGACUCUCUACUUUCUGCAACAACUUUUCGCAACCAGCAACAACCUGAUUUGUUGCAAGACAGGUUUGAUUCGUGAGUGGUAAAACGCGCAACAUCUCUUUUGAGCCCGUUUUGCAGCAGUGUUGCAAAACAAGUAGUUGCACGUAUUUGUUGUUCGUUUUACCCGUACCUUUAUCCAAAAAAUGUUUAUUACCGGGUAUUAUCAUAUGACUGGUACGGCCCCGCGCGCAAUGUCGUUGGAAACCCAUACGCGUCAAUUGAUAGGGCCGGAAAAACGCGUACGGCUCUGCUAGAAAAGCGUACCGUUUGGUGCGGGUUUGCUCCGUCAGAAAAACACAACGGUCAUAUGAUAAAAAGCUUAUUGACCGAGUUAGAUCGGGCCAGACGUGCGCUCGGUCCGUACGUCCUGACCUCGAGCCAAAUAGUUUCCCUUACGGGCCUACCACUGAGUCAGUAAGUACAUAGAACUGAUUAUGAGUAUCGAUUGACCACUCCAGAAAAUACCAUAAUAUACCAUAAUACUCUUUGUUUGUCACCCCAAAAUUUUGCAUAAGCAUUGUUUUCAGUUUCUCUUGGGAGUUAAAAUGGCCCCAUGAGAAACUGAAAACAGUGCUUAUGCAAACUUUUGGGGUGACAAACAGAGAGCAUUGUGGUAUGUUAUGGUAUUUUCUGGAGUGGUCAAUUGAGGUUUCUGAGUAACUGACCACCUACCCCUCCCUAAGUCACAAUUUUGCCCUAAGAAAUAAAUGUUAAUUGUGACUUAGGGGUGGGGUAAGUGGUCAGUUACCCCGUAACCUCAAAUGAUCCGAUUAUGACAGGUGGUAGAGGGACCAGAAAACAUGGCACCGAUUCAGAAUGAUCAGCCGCACGAUGGUGAGAAGUUUGGAUUUAGGUCGUUCUGGUUAUCUAAAGCUGGAGUUUUUACACUCAAGUAUAUUGCCAUGUUGGGAGACAGAGAAAUGGCAUCAACGCAGUUUCGGAUUGUUGUUAAAGGUGAGUGCACAGCGCUUAAGUGUUUGAUUAUUGGUUAACUCGUGAAGCUUGCUAGAAAACAAGGCGAAAAUUUGAAAGGUUUUUAGUGUUUUGUUUGACUGGUGGCGUUAUAUUGGCUCGCUUUACCCGCUAUAUACGAUUUGACAGGUAGAGAUUACGUUAGCCAGCCGGGAUGCGGGGUUUGCGGUUGUACAGGGAUUAAAUUUUACUUAAUAUAGACUGUCUCCAACAAAUCAAAGUUCUUAAGAUAAUUAUUCAAAGUGCAUGCUACAGUUCCUGCAUAACGAAUUUAUCAGGUAUUUACCUCUAUCCGAUUGCCUGUCUUAUGAAUCAAUAAAAAUGGUGUUCGCCUCUUUAGAAACGAGAAAAUAGCGUCCUGCGAUUGUCUCUGGGAUUGUUACUGGGAAGGCAACGCUGUUACAGUGAUAUGGGUUUCCCCGCGUUUUGGGCAUCCCCAUUCCCAAAACCCUAGUGAUAUGGGCAUUCCCUUCUCAUAUUACCUUAGUGAUCUGGGUUACAGGGGAUGCCCAUAUCCCCAGGGUUUUGGGAAAGGGGAUGCCCAAAACGCUGAGAUGCCUAUAACACUGUGACACCGCUAUCGACAAAUUUUUUCCCUUGUCCCUAAUUACAGUCCCAGAAGUCUUUUCGAAAGUUAAUUGGGUCCAGUUUCCUUCUUGCUUAUAAAGAAGCGAAUAGUCAAAACCUGUUUUCAUUUCUCUCGCUUUACGCAGCCAGCACCGCCUCUCUCUUUGCCCUAACUGAGCCCUCACGAACAGAGACUCCCCAGGUCGCCCUGGGUGAACCGGGCCUGAAGUUUAAACUGGCCUUCACAGACAAUUACAAGAACCCGGCAACGUUGUUCAGUUCUGGAGAAUUCGUGACGCUGAAUGUGACAUGUGCCAAUUUGAAAGUGCAAGGGUUGAAGGACAAGUACAAGACAAACAGUGACGGUGUUCUCGAGGUCAGCGGUAUAGCCCUCACCCCGAACGGUUCUGACAGGGUGCAGUAUGGGAAAGAGCUAUCUGUGAGAGUUGACGUCAUUGGGAUUGAAUAUGACAAUUUUGUCACUUUUCCUGUGAGGAUUAAAGCUGGUGAGUACAUAAACUGAUUAAAAUAGAAUGCUUUUUGUAAGCUAAGUAAUGGUAAUAGGUCGUACAGUUGUUCGAAGCUGGGUUAAGAUAACCCAGGGUUAGUGCGAAAUUUGAACUCAACUAUGGGAGCUUGAAAAGCAAAUUCAGUUUUAUUCUCUUUGCCUACAAUUUGAUGAUUGGAUACUCUAAAAAGAAUAAAGAAAAAUUAUCCGAGAAAGUGCUUUUGAUAACAAGAAAAAGAAAGCUGGGUGAAAAUUUAAUCUCAGGUAAGUGUUAACGGCGUUCGAAAUGGCCUCUUUCGAGUCAUGCUUCGUUCGAUUCUUCCUAACCUUUCAUUAUGAACCUGCGUCUGUUCUCUGCUAUACAGUGGAAUCCCGCUCUACGGAUACCCGCUUAAUACUCUUAAUACAGACACCCGGAUACUACGGCGGCCAUGUUGGUUUCUAGCGUAGCGAUGCUAAAACCCCCGACGCCCACCCCCUCGUUACAUUUGGUGUUUUUAAAGGCAUACUAGAUAAUCCUGUUUUAUAGGAUUAAUUGUGAAAGCCUCUUUACAUUCCUACAGAUAUCCUGAAUCCAAAUGGAUAUAAUCUUAUCCGGUUUUAUAAGAGAUAUACUUUUAUAAUGAUAUCCCCAGACAAUAAGCCGUUUAUGUAAAGCUUGCAUCGGUUGCCAAGUGAUAUCAGACGUGAUAUAAGCCCAGGGAAACAAGCUAGGGACCAUUUGGCGUGCGUAAACUUUGUCGGCCGAUAUGUCGAGCAGAGAAAGGCGAAUUUUGAGGGGAGAAUUAUGCCGGCAGAAUAAGGCGUUUCCGAACAGAAAUUGAGCAGUUUAGCAGAAACUGGUAACAGAUUAGUAACAGUGAUGAUAUGCACAAUAGUUGUAGAAAGAAAUUAACAAACAAAAAAAUGGUAAAACUAGAAAAUCCUAAGUUAAAAACUUCUACUAAUGUUAGUGAUAUUGUACAAGAUAAAUUACAGGUUUGCUCUGCAUGCCCUCCGUUCAGAUUUGCGAAAAUACAUUCCAGAAAGGGGAAAUUUUUCAGCUAUUAAGCAGAUAUUUCUGCAGUAUUUGGAUGUUAAAGCAGAAUUUCUAGCAGAAUAAGCGAUUUUACAAGUAUUGCCAGCAGGCAGAAUCAGCCAUUUUACCAGCAGGUGUUAUCCAAGCUUAGUGACUUGUGUAGAGCGCAGGAAACUAUGCAACGUGUUAAAGCGCGUGAAAACAUGUUGUAGCUAUUUUUGUUAACCAAUCGGAGCGUUAAGAUCAGCAGACAGUGACAGUCGAAUUAACCUCCCUUACUGUACUUUCGUGUGUAAGGCGGUGGAUUAAUAACAACUCAUUUCCCAGUUCCUAUCCUUAAUUCUUUUGAUGUGAGGAUUACGGUUGGAGCAGUGCUAUGGAACAAAAGAUAAGAAUUUGACUUUUGUCUUCGCAAGUGUUCGGUUACGGUCGCGUUGUAGGCUAGUCUAUCCAGAAAGCCUGUUGUUGGUCCUUUUCGCUCCUGUUUGCAUGUCUAGUUACGUAUAAUGUACUGAUUUUAUAACGCGAAAUUGCACUUUUUACCGACGUAUUCGCAUCAGGUGGUUGAAUUCCCAGUGAUGAAGACCAACACAUGUGAGUUUGAUUAGUUUUCUUCAAGUAAGGGAUUGCUAUUGCAAACUAAACUAGCGUGCACGAAACCUUAAUCUUAAAGAAGAAAACGGCUAACGUCUUCGUACCUUCUUUUUGAAUUUUUGUGUGCAACAGUGCUACACUUUAUGAAGGAAAUUUUCUGCCUGCGUGUACACGUAAACUGCAUUCGAAUGCAAUUAAAAGGAGGUGACCCCGUAAGCCUCAAUAUCAACAUACAAAUUCUCCAGACUGCUCUUCAUACAUUUUCUUAAAGAACUAGUUUAAGAGAAGUCGAAUUUAUUAAACGAUCAAAGCAUUUUCCCCUUGAUUUUGUAUUUAAAUCGUUAGGAGAAAACUGAUUUUGAUCACUCUUGGCACUUCAAGGAUUAAUAGAAAAGAGCGCCGUCAGUGAGAGUAGUCAUUGGUCGAUCUGUAGGCGCACCUUCAAUAAUUUUUGGAUGUUAUCCUUCAGUAGCUGAAUUUUAAUAUAACAAUAUUGAAGCUUGAUUAAGGCCUGUCAGUUCCGUUUAAACUAAAGGUUAAAAUCCAACCUUUCGCCGAUCAAGGGCACCAUCAGGGAUGAUGAGGCCCUUUAGGUUUGCGUAAUUAAAUUAGCUUUUAAAUUGCAUUCGAAGGGCGCAGUGGGGACCGAGGAGUGUUGCGUAACGACACAAAGAACGGCUAUGUAGCAGACUAUUCUAAUGGCGUCUUAUAUGGAACCUUUCCCUCUUUUUGACGCCACUUUAGCUGCUCCCGCACAGUUUUUUAAGGGCUUUCUCUCGCCCGGGGACUGCUGUCUAUUUUCAAACUUCAUAAAUUACGUGAGUCAUGAAGUGAAAUCUUUUCCCCACUCCCCCUCCGUGUCGGGAACUUAGGAGUAAAAGCUGUUGGGUGCAAUGAUUUCUGGGAUAGUUUGGAUGAACAAACGUUAGUUAUGAUUGGUCGAUGGUAUUGAAGGCAACCAUUAACCAAUCAUAAGUAACGCUUGUCCAUCCAAACGAUUCCAGAAAUCGUUGCGCCAAAAGCUUGAACCCGUCUGGUUUUUAUCUGAUACCACAGGCCAGCCGCAGAGUGUAAAGCUCCCUCAGUUUGAGACAAACGAAGUAUUGAACUACGAAGAGUUUCCUGAGUUUACAGUUCAAGUCCUUGAUCAGUGGAGUCAGCCGUGCUCUGUGAACGACAGACGAACCAAGCUGCAUGCGGAAUGCGAAGCGUUUGUUGGCGGCCCUCAUCUUGCCACCAUUGAGCAGGGGCAAGGUCGUUUUUCGCCCAUUAAAGUGAAGCUUGCGCCUGGAAAAGCUCCUUGCAACGUGAAAAUCAAGAUAUCGCUCGUUUCGGUGGAAAAUAUUCGCCGGAAACUGACGGUCAGCGAAUCGCUCAAGGAGUUGAAACAAUUUACCAUCAAAGUUCUUCCUAGCACUUUGCCUCAUAAAGUGAUGAUAUGCGAGGGAAACCAAAAUGAGUUGACUGCGGCGAAUGGAGUGGCGGUGAAUGGUAGGGAUGGAAGAGAUUGCUUAGAGCUGAUGGCGCCGGCAGGCUCUAUGGUGAAAGGCCUGUUCCUCAAGGUUUUUGAUGAAAGUGGGAAGUUAUUGGAUGCUGAGGAGUUCAAGGCCGCUGAACCUAGAGUUACCACGAGCUGGAACGGAGAGGUUAGGAGAUAUUAGUAGAUAAAGCACGAGAAAGUUAGUCGCAGUAAUGUUUACAACUUUUAAGCUGUUAUAAAUAAAUAAAUAAUAAUAAAUAACAGGGUUCGCAAAUACGCCAAAUUUGGCGUAUUUUACGCCAAAAUUGUUCAGAUGACUCCACUGAGGUUACGGAGGGAGUCACUUCGACUCCAAAAAUUUUCGGUAACAAACAGGGAGCCACUUCGACUCAAGAAAUUUUCGGUAACAAACACAGUUUUGUCCUUACCUUUUUCGCAACAAAUACAAUUUACGUUAAUUGUAAACGUUGUAAACCUUAAUUAAAUCAUCGAAAUUAAAGAAUUAUACUCCACGACAAAACAGGAAGAGGGUAAAUUACGAUCAAAGUUUACUCGAUGACCGCCAUCAUGGAUUUGAGCUUUCCAGGUCAGCGGACCGCCACAGCUACUUCGUGUAUCCCUCACGAUAGUGUAUACAUGCCGGGACCACGUGCUGGAAAGUCUGAUACUUGACUCCAAAUAUUCCAAAAUGACUCCAAAAUUUGUGAAGCAGAAGUCACACUGACUCCACUCAUCAAUAAAAUUUGCUAACCCUGAAAUAAUAUAACCUUUACUAUGUGUAUUAACGUCAUUAAAUCUGAAUUCUGAUGAAUUAUUUGUUUGUUUUUGCCAGGUAUCAGUUGCGAAUUUACCGUAUCUGCCAGACUGCCCUGUGGCGAGCAUGGUCGCUGUCCCGUAUGUGGGUAAUGUGGAGUGCGUAUGUAGUGACGUCAAAUGUCAGACCCAAAUAAGGAUUAAACCCAUUGCAGGUACGUAAAUUCAUAAGGGAGCUUAACCAACCACAGUGCCGACAGCAACGAGAACGGCUAAAAAGCAAUAGGGCUAGAUUAGCAAAACAACAACUCUGCACGUGCGUCACGCUUUUUUGCAUACCGUAAAAUUCCGAAAAUACGCCCCUCCAUGUAUAAGCCCCUCCAAAUAUAAGCCCCCCAAACUUGUAACGCAAAAAACCGUCCGUUAAAUCGCCCCUCCAUAUAUAAGCCCCCGGGGGUUUAUACUCGGAAAUUCCCCUCAAAUACAAAGUGAAACAAAACUAAAACGGUAAAUUUCCUUCCAACUGUAAGGCUAGCCCACUCGAUUUUGAAACGCAAAUUUGCCUCCAUAGAUAAGCCCGUCCGAAUAUAAGCCCCGUCCGAAUAUAAGCCUUUGAAAAAUAUAAGCCCCGGGGCUUAUUUUCGGAAUUUUACGGUAUUUCUUUGCCGUUCUUGCACGACUACGAGGUGAAACUUUCUAAUUUCACGUAGUAUGGAGGACGUAAACACAAGACAAUGAUUUCCCUUUUCCUGUUUCUGAUCUUGGACCAAGUCAUUUAGGAUUAACUCCAGAAAACUUCGCCCGCAUUUGACAGACUGAAAACUAGGGCCACUCGUUUUAACAAACCCAAAGCGUUUUGAAUUAUAGUUGCACAAUUCAGAUCCAACUUAUGUUUGUUGCGACGAUUUUAUUCACAAGGAACACAAAGGAUCCAAACACCUUUGCGAUGCACGGCCAAAUUUACCGAGAAACAAGUGCUUGCGUGUACCCUGGUCCCGCCGCACACGAAAAAAACCUCUGCUACCCAGGGUAGCUUGCGCACAAGCCCUGGAGCUAAUGAAUCAAUUUAUGUUGUUGGCUGGUCGGUUUUAUUUUCAUUUAUUUAUUUUUUUUUGACAUGACGAGGAACGAGUUUCUGGUGAGGGUUUCUUGCGCCCGAUAAUCUCGAAAAUCACGCCAAUGAAGGAAAAGGAAAGAAGAAAAAGAAAGAGCAAGAGGAAAAAGCAAUGGCUGCACUCUCAGUUUUUAUAUUGGCUACUUUGACCGGAAGAGGUCUAUUUGGCGGUAACGUUUUCAAAAAUCCGGCUAGAUGUAGAAUUCGUCAAAAUUGCUAGUUGUUUUAUUCUUCCAGGUGAACCGCAGAAGUGGUUAUUCGUGUGCGAGGACCAAACUUUGCAAAUUGAGUGCGACAGCAAAAGACAGUUGAGUCAAAACCUUAAGAUUCGAUUGAAUGACAAGUUUGGCAAUCCUGCCGAGUGUCCUCAAGGGGUGGAACCCAUGGUAUCAGUUGAGCAUUCACCAUCAAGAAGGUUAGUUAAGGGCCAAUUACACAGGAGGGGUUUUAGCGCAAUUUGUGGCGCGACAAAAGCGGCCCCUGGGAUCUGGUUGCAAACCUGAAUGGCGCGUGUAAACGGUUUGUGAUUCAGCGCGAAUUUCCGCGGCUAAAUCGCCACAAAUGUUAUAUGAUUGAAAUUUAAACCAACUUAGUGGCGCUUUUCAGAUCAGUGAGAGUACAAAUUUCUAUCCGCCAGAUACGUUAAGAAGUUAACAUAUGCAUCAAGGUAUUGUUAAAGAACACUGCUCUUGAGACAUUUUGCCCUAAAGGGCCUUUCUGAAGUAUUGCCUACCCCAUCCCCUCCAAGCAAUGUUGGGCCGCUUUUCGAGCUACCUGAAGGAAGCAACAAACACUCCAACAUUGAAUAGAGCGGGGAUGGGGGCGGAGAGGUGUAGCUUGUUUUGUUCUCCGAAGUUACCCCAUCUAAGGACAGUGUCUCAAAAAUUUUGUCGCCGAUUGAAGGCUAAACAAUGCGAAUUAAUGAGCAGUGGCCACACUUUUAGGCUUCGUAAUGUAAACUUUAUUUAACACUAACGCUUGUUCAUUUGUUAAGCAGUAGUUAUGCAGUGUUGUUAUAUAGCUAGAAAUUUCUUUCCAACAGCGCGUGCCCUCAUUGCUUACUUCGAGGUCACAUGACAUCUAACAAUGAAACUGUUUCCCCGCGAAAUCUCUGAGUGGGAAAUAUUGCACAAUCUAUGAUGUCAGAAGGUAGCAGUGCACUGUUGCCUGCGAAUGUUGACCAAUGACCGCCGUUACAGCGAGGUUUAAUGAAUUUCCAGCUUCAAAAUUUCCAGUUAUAUAACAAAUCACUAAAGAUUGGUCCCUCGGGAAACAGUUAAUUUUCUUUCUCUCGAAUCUCAGUGUUUCCUGAGGCGAACAUUGAGAUUCUCGGAAAUCAAAGUUAACUGUUUCCCUCGGGACCAGUCUUUAAUUGUUUAUUGUUUCUUUUCACUAGUUUACAAGGUGAAUGUAGUAUUUUUUUUUGUUUUACAUCUCUACAGUGGUAGCACUGCUGUGUUUAUCGGAAAUAUCAGUCGUAAAGGCUCGGAAUUCGUGUUCAAUAGUGAAGCCACCAUUUCAGGCCAGCCUGGUGUAAUAACCAUGUGUCUGUACGACAAUGAUAACAAGUUCUCUAAAGACACGCAAAGAAUCAAUCUCAAACCUGGUGAGUGCGGGCACCUGUAUAUUAUCUCACAGGGAGCCCACAGAGUCUGUUUGUGUAACCGAUUGUAAUUUUAUAGUAUAAGUGCACUGGAUUUACCAUUUGCUUCAUUUGUAAUGUUAUGUCGCUAAAUAUGUGCAUGGAUCAGUGCUAAAUAAUAGUUUUAUUACCUUACAUACAUGAGAGGACGGUAAACAACAAACUCCCUUCUCAGGCAAAAGGACGACAAUUUACCGUAGGCAAGGUAAUAAAACGUUUAUUUAGCAUUGAUCCAUGUACAUAUUUAGCGAUAUAUCGCUACAGGUGAAGCAAACGGUAAAUCCAGUACGUUUACUAUAAAAUUACAAUUGGUUACGCAAACAGAUUGUGUGGGCUCCCUGUGGUUAUUUUGCGUGUGGUAAUCACUUGCCUGGGUUAGUCACAGACUAAGAACCUAAGAACAUAAGAACCUAUUUAAGAACCUAAAUAGCAACCGUCCAAGUUAAAGUUUUUGCUCGGUCGCCAUUUGGCCACCAACUCUUUUGGCUUCGGAGACUUUUUUACAAAUCAAGUCGCCAGCUCCAAAAUUUUAGGCGCCAUGGCGACCAAAAUGGUCGCAGCUUGGAGGGUUGUAUAAUAGCCUAAAUUUGUGUUAAUUACCAUUUAUUCAAGAACCUGUUAAGGCUAACUUGGGAAAUGCGGGUUCUUAGUCGCGGGUUUUUUUACUGUAUGCCAAAGUUGUUUGCUUUUGUGAAGAAUAAAACGUAACUUUGAAAGAUGAACAUUACGGGUACGUUUUGUGGUUUAGCUGGAAACAACAGGUAUGAUGCUUUAUGUCCUACACGUAGUUUGAAAUUCUCCUGGGCCAUGAAAACGUCGGAAAGUUCAUCUAGUACUAUGUACCAUUUGUUCGAUUCAUGAACUUUGAAAAUUCCACGUAAAAUUAAAACUUUCACCAGCACUUUCAUUUAGAAUUCACCAAACUUCGUCAAUGCGGGAAAGAUAAGUGUAGUUGGUCUGGCCAUAAGACAUUUUGAGCGUUGAAAUCUUAAACACGAAUUUAAAAAUGUUCCAUUAUCAUUAAGAAGUGCUUGUGGUACAAUUUCUCGAUUGAAGACAAAGAGACAGGAUAGGUAAGGCUAACUUUUUCAAGUUCUUUUAGCGAGCCUCGAAAAAAUGGCCAAAAAAUAGUGACUCAUUUGCUUCACACUUCGAAGAUUUCACUCAUAAUAGACUUCUAAGUCUUCCCGGAGCCGUUUUGUGUUCUUGUAGGAGAUAGGGUAUUUGCUGUAACUUUAACAGCUUCACUCUAGGGUGAGUUAAGGAGACAUAAAACUUAGUUUUGAAUCCUUGGAUAUAAUCCCGUGGUGUAACCAUUCAAAUCAAACCUCCGAAACAGAACGUUUGAAUGGUGCAAUUUAUAUUUUCAGAAUUUCACAGAGCGAAAUUUGAUUUUUUUUCUUCAAGUAUGACUUUGACCAAUGGUUACCAAACGUGUGAGAAUGUAACAGUGCCCUUUUUAUGACACGAGAAAGAAACUGGGCCGUGUUAACUCUCGCAAAGACGUGUGGGAAUGUUAUUAGGGGCAGAGGAAAAAUUGGCCAAUAGCUGAACGGCACGUCACCGAUAACGAUCCCAGAAUCACUUGCGGGACACAAGUUCCCUUAGUUUCUAAAGUGGUGAAUUAAAACUUUCCCGUCAGGUGCUCCACAUCACAUUGAGUUGAAAAGCCAAGCAUUUGAUGACUCUUCGCCCAAGAACGAACAUACAGCCAAGUUUUUCUCCAACUGCUAUCUUAGCGCUCCUAUCUUUGCUUUCAUCUGUGAUAAGUCUGGAAACAAGACGCCUCUCAAAACAACGCUGAACCUCUCCUGGAUUCCAGCUUCCUGCGGACAGUUGCUGCCAAGAAAGACCACUCAGAAGGGAGAGACAGUUUUUGAAGCCAAGGCGAUGAGGUGCGGCAGUCGGAGCGGUGAGCAGCAGGUCAAACUGAAGGUGUCCAGUCCAGACCAUAAGAAUCUGCAGGUGAGAUACUGCCCUUUUAUUCAAAUGCACUACAAAAUAUUUCUUUCAUGGAGAGUUUAAUCAAGGUCUAGAAGGGGUUUCGCGUGAUCCGAUAAAACAGAAGUACCGUCAAAUUCCAAAAAUAAGCCCCGCGGCUUAUAUUUUUCAAUGGGGCUUUUUGAGGGGCUUAUUUUUGGAGGGGCUUAUAUUCGGAAGGGCUUAUCUACGGCGGGAAAUUUGCGUUUCACAAUCGAUUGGGCUAGCCUUAUAGUUGGAAGUAAAUUUACCGUUUUUGCUUUGUUUUACUUUGUAUUUGAGGGCAAUUUCCAAGUACAAGCCCCCCCCCCCGGGGGUGGGGCUUAUAUUUGGAGGGGUGAUUUAACGGAGGGUUUUUUGCUUUACCGGUUUGGGGGGCUUAUACGUGGAGGGGCUUAUUUUCGGAAUUUUACUGUAAUUGUCGUGACAAGGGUUCGAAGUUUAACCAGGUAAAAGUGAAAACUUGUAGAACUUCGAUUUUAUAGCAAUAAAAUUCAUUGCCAGUCUAACUUUUAGUCGUUAAACCAAAAAGUAGAGAAUCACUAGUUUGAUCACUAUACUUUUUGAUUCAUUCCGAUGUCACGAUCAUUUAAGAAUAACUCUUGCCUGAGUAGUCCAGCAACCACUAAGAAUCAUUGAUGGACUUGAUCAGUUCGUCAACUAAUCACGUGAUUCGUGAAACGACUCCAGUAGGUAACGUGAUUGGUGAAUUUACUUAAAUUUAACCUGUGAUUCGAGAUCCAGACACCCCCUUUCAGACCCUGUUUAAUGUAUGUGGGGCCUUUUCAAGCAUAGUAAAGGUGUAAACUCGCCUUAACCGUCAAAGUUUCAAGAUCAAUUUUCUCCUAAAAAUAUGUAUACAUGAUCACCAAAGGGAAAAUGCUUGGAUCUCUUAGAGAAGUGAGGGAAUCACAUGACUGUAACACGGACCGAAAUUAUAUCGCAAAAACGUCUCCAUUCAGUUUUCAUUAAUUUCCCUUGCUUUCUCUGUUCUUCAGUCAGCAACUGUCACAGCGUCUCUGGAGAAAAGUAACCGUGUGAAAGCCGUGGUUGUAAAAGUAGUCGCCGAGCAGAAUCUCAUGGCUACAGGCAAUUUUCCUGUGUUAAAGGUGAAUUUGAGCAGCUAAAACAAGGGAGCGACGACGACGGCAAAGGGAACGUCCAAAAACAAUGAGCUUUAGAAGCGAAAGAACAAAAGUGCACGUACAUUACACUUUUUGUGUAUUGUUUUGAAGUGUGUCCUCUGCACAACUACAACGUAAAUUUUUCUAAUAGUGGAAAACUUGGCUACUGUACGACAAAUUCUCCUUUCUUCGUGAAAUUGGAUGCGAUCUCUUACAAUUCAACUCCUGGAAAUUCCUUUACAAUUGAAGAAUUGAACGAGAUGUAAUAAUAGCGGUGAAGUUUGAACCAGCGCGAAGUUAUUUUUAGUGUUGUCUUUACUGCCAUCGUCGUUGUGACUGCUCGAGCUCCCUUUUUUCCCAUUUCAUGUUGUUAGACCGACACUCUCGAGAUUUCGUGAGUCAAAUGUGAAAUAAGUUGCGUGGAUAAAAAGCUUUCUUUGUUUGAAUACUAUUAAAUACUGCGCAACACUUUUGAGUUUAUGUUAGCGAGGGACACCGCCGUUUGUUACCCUUCGAAGAUAUUUUUUAUUUUGUGAUAGUGAUGUGUGUGUUUGCUUCGAUAACGGCCCUUUCCCGGUGCAAACUAGACCAUAAAUUAAGUUACAAAGUUAUCAACUUAAGUCAAAGUGCGAUUGUAAUCUCAUACCCAGAUCUCUUCGUCAAUAAGAGAAGAGAUAUGGGUACGAGAUUAAGUGCGAUUGGUUACUAAAAAAACUGCUUUUACCAUCAAAUAGGUGCGAUGUGAAACGGAAGACGGAGUCAAAGUUGAUGGGGUCGGGCACCUUAAUCUUGAAAUAUCCCGGCCACGUGGUCCGCAGACCAUCACGGUUUACAGGAAACCUACUCAGGACAGAGAAGGCCUGGUAACGUAUCAGCCAUUAGCAAACCGGUAUUUGGAGGAGGCGGGGCAGUGGUCACUCAUCUGUCAUUACAACGAACAUAGGGACAGACUCAAAAGCGUUCUAGCACCUGCCGAUCACGUGACUACCAGCCAGCCAGUCCAAUUUUUUGUGCACCCAGGUAAAUGUGUAUUGGUGGAUGUGUACAACAACAGUUGUUAUGUUCAAACUACAGUCAAACCCCGUUAAUAUUGGCACUGAAGGUGCCAUUGAAAGUGUCCAUAUUAACGGGGUGUCGGUAUUAAGCGGGUUGAAUUUAGAGAAAAUGUAAGGGCUUUCUCUUCCCAGGGACAAAGCAAACUGUGCGUAAUAACAGGGUGUCCGUAUUAAGCGGGGGUCCGUAAAGCGGAGUUUGACCUUAGUAGGUAUUUUAUGAGGCUUUUUACCCUAAAAAUAGACUUAACCUAUUCUCAAAAAAACUUUCAUAAUUUUGACACUCUGAUUUCCUCAUUACUUGCGUUAUGCGCAUGCUCUUAUUUAACAAUGGUGAACCUAACAAAAGGGAGCUUUUAGCAAAGGGGUUUUUCAACAACGCACGUCAAUAGGAAGUGAAGCCUUUUCUUUUUCAGUAUGCCUUGAUGCUCGCAAUAAUGAUAGUUGCCUGCGUGGCAGGCGUUCGAAAGGGAGGGGGGAAGGGAAUUAGGGCGCGAGACCACGCGCGAGGGAGAAGCACCCCACACGCUCUCGCGCGACCAAAUUCGCCCUUCCCCUUCCUCUUUUAACGCCUGCCUCGCAGGCUAUAAUGAUAGGUUAGUGUCUUUAUUCUUAAAGAGACGAUAUGCCUUAAAUUUUGAGCACAAUCACUCCCCAAGAUUGCCAAAAAUCUACUUUCCGUUGAUGUGCGUCGCUAAAUGCCUUUCCUUAAGGGCCCUAAUGUGCGGUACGAGAGACCCUUGUAAAUUUGAGUCCUCUUGGUCAAAUGGAUGAAGCGACAGACAGAUAAUAGAAAGGCAUAAGUUCGAUCAUUCCACCUGGGAUUCAGUUUUUCGUAGACUUAACGCUCGUGACAAAAAUCUUGUCGUCCUAAAUGUCGCCUGAACUCUAAUUUGGUUUUGCUUCCUCCCAGGUCCUCCUAGAAGACUCGUUCUUCGCUUUCCAUCUGGUUCUCCCACAGUCCUCAGCGCCUCUUGCACUGCUGACGUCAAGGGUCGCACCAUUCUUCCUCUGGCACGGAGAGGGUUAGUUGCACAAAUUACUCAUGUACAAUGUUAUGGUUUACUUAUUAGGGACCUUGAGAUUCUAAGACAAGGACGACUACGGGGACGAGAUUUUCUCAGUACUAAGUAGUGCAGCGUCAUUUUGACGGGAAAACACUAUAGCCGUCGUCAUUCUUCUGCGGGUUUUACCGAAAAUGUCGUAGUGGUGGAAAGCAAGUUGUCAAAUGUUAGAAGUUUUAUCAUUUUUUUUUUUAUCGUGGGAGGGCUUAACCUCCUUCAAUAAAAUCGACCGUGUUAACUUUUCUGGUGAAAAUAGGAAAACGGCGCUUUCGAGGUUGUCUAUUUUUUCAGAAUUCGAGAAAAAACACUUUUAAGUCUCGUAGUUGUCUUCGUCCUCGAAUCCAAAGGUUAUGAUACUGAAGACAUUUUGCUGCGCUUUUUCAAGUCACUUCCUUUCCCGCUACUGAAACGGGAAACUUAUCCCCGAGCUUGUUAAGAUAAUUUAUCCCGACCGUGUUCGCUGCCAGUCACCAAUUUUUCCCUUGUUUGUUGCCGGCUGCGAUUUAUCCCGCGCUUGUUGCCUUUUGUAUGUUUCCCGGUUUUAUCGUCCGUUUUUUCCCUUCGUCAACAACUUUAAAUGUUCGAAAGGGCUAGUUGAAAUCAAGUUGAGUAGAUCCCUUGGUUAAUCAUCAGUAUGACCCUAAAAUGCAAAAUAUGCUGAUUUCUUGUUUCUUAGUGGAGUCGAAGACGUCAUCCUUGCUGCUGAAGACGCUCAUGGCAACAUGGCCGAAUCGUCUUUGGCGGUUAACGUUGGCAUUCAACCAUCGGGGACUGUGCCCGAGGGUACAGUCUUACCAGCUCUGGAGAACAGUCCCAUCCAGAUCACGCUCAACCAUGGUAGUGCCAAGUUACCAAGGCUUACACUUUGCAGUCGUGUGGGGAAUUAUAUCGGCGAGUAUCUGUUAGUGUUUUCGGCACCCGGAGUUGAGUCUCACACUGUUAAGUUCGCUUUUAGCACAGGUAAGUACAGUAAUAUGCUUGAGUAGGAGUCUUUCAUGGCUUCUGGCUUGACUAAAAUUUUUUUUUAAUAUUUACUUGACGUUACUCCUUUUUUGUAUUAACUUGUGAAAAAGGGGGCCAUUUCUGAAGUUAAGCUAAGUUCAACUCCCUCGUGAUCACUUGCAACGUUCCAAGUUGAGACCCUGACACGUCUACUGCAAAUCUGAACCAUUGAGCUACAAGUCAAGUUUCAUUCCUGUUGAAUCGGUCUAAAGGCGGCUUUUCUCGCGUUUUCGUGUAUUUUUAAUCUCCCUCCCUGCCAACACGCACCUCUCAUCAAAUGAAAGAAAAGUAUUUUGUGGCAGGCACUUAAGAGGAAACGGGGAUACGUGCAAUCAGCAUAGUGUGUGUAGGAAUCAGGAAGGAAUUUCGCGCAUCCUAAAGCACUUGCGCGCUCGGGAUUUUCCCUCCUCCUCUCUUUCUUGCGGAUACCACGUAGGUGCAGUAUAGAAAGAAGUGUGACGUCACGUUACCAUGGUUGCAAAAUUUCUGUACCUCAACAAUCUUUCUUGACAGAGACGGCCAUUUGCAGUGUCGAUCGAUGGAAGAAAAGUAACGGGCUACCGUUUUGUUUCUGAGUGCAAUCAUCCACAGGGAAGACAAGCAUGCCAAGUUUUUUGUUUCUUUCUGCGAUAUUUGCAGGACCACGGUUUGUUAAGAUCCUAAAAUUUUGCUACCACGGUAACGUGACGUAACAACUUCUUAAGAUCAAUUUAGGGAAAUGUAAGGGCUUUAUUUCCCCGGGGACAAAGCAAACUGUCCGUAAUAACGGGGUGUCCGUAUUAAGCGGGGUUUGGCUGUAUCACCGAGAGAGGUAUAACCAAUCAUUUAUGCGCUAUUUUAAACAAAUCAGUAGCCACGACUGCACAUUUACCUUCGUUUGUGAGACCAAUUAAUGCUUCCUUUCGUUCUUUUGUUUUUUUUUUUGUCGUUGUGAUUGUGCAAUAAAAAACAACAACAACUACAACAACUUAUUGCAAAAAUUGCUCUAAACCACUUUGUAUUUCAGAUGAACACAUUCAGCGGGUACAGAACGAGCUUCAGCCACUCAGGAAGCAGAUCGCAGAUCUGGAACAAAGCGUCCGAGAAAGCAAACAGAAGGUGAACCGGACGAAGUCGGAAGUAGUGGCAGCUCUUACUCCAGUAAGAAGUUCUUUCAGGGGGGAGCCACGCACUCGAGAUGUGGUAAACGUUCUCCAAACCACCAGAUACCAGUUGAACCAACUUGAGACUGCUGGAGCAGUUACUCGGCCACCCAUUAUACAGAAUGGACCCCCGGCCAGGAUAAGACAGUACAUAAAAGGUAAGGAACCUGUGUUGCUGUAAACGUGCCAGUUGUGCAUAGCUUUAAGUCCCAAUAGUGACCAACAUCGAUUUUCUCCUAACAAUAUCCAUAUGUUGCCAAGAGAAAUAGUUAUAAGAGUUAAUAAAAUGAUCACUAAAGAGAAAAUGCUUUGAUCUGCUAUCAAAUUCGUAACUAAUUGCUUAAAGAAAUGUAUGAAGAUCAGUAUGGAGAAUUUAUAUGUGGAUAUUGGGCCUCAAAGGCUUAAAGUGGCUAUGCCACGAGGAUAUUGCUGUUUAAGAUUAACCCUUUAAAUCCUAAGAUCAAAAUUUGAAUUCUCAUUUGUUUCCCCUAUUCAUUUCCUACAGAAGUAGUGGGGAGAAGUUGAUGAAAUAUCAAGAAAAUUUAUCUUGUGUGAUCAUGUCCUUAAUUCUCAUGACCACUCUGUUUUACAAAGCAUUGGUAUCACAAGGAGAAAUUUGAUGCUGGUCACUCUAAGGGCUUUAAAAAGGGCUAACUCUUUGCUAAAGUCAUCACUUAGUUCCUUUACUCACACAUACAAUACUCUUGUAGAGUUUUGGAAAAGAUAUCAAACAAAUUUGAUCAGAGAGUACUAACCAUAAUAAAUAUUUUGGUGAUUUUUGUAGGCGUAGCUUUAAAACUUGAAAAAGUUUGCUCAACUUUUUCAAGUUUCAAUCCAAACCCAUCCUGGUCAUUCGUAACAACAGAGGACAGGAAACAGUUUUAAUGUCUAAAUAUAGUAUGAAGUAACGAAACUGGGCCAUUAUUUUUGGAAUUCAACUGAUACGAAGAAACGUUUAAGACGGACUCCAUUAGGAAAUUGAGUAUGUCAAUUUUCAGUGGACGAAAACCUUCUACCAGAAUAAUUUACAUAAUAUCGCAUUCUUUUUUACAUUUUUCAAGGGCUAAAGAUAUAUAUAAUUAGUUAUCUGUAAUAACACCAAAGAAAAUUUCUGAUAGGAGCCCGAGAGAAUGAAAGUCAAAUUUCACAAAAUUACAUCUUACACAUGAAAUUUUCAGAAUUUAACUGUGUCAUCACAAUUCUUGUGAAAUAUGACAUUCAUUUUUUCGGACUCCCAACGAGAAAUGUUUUAUUAAAGAUGACUAAUUACAUCUUUAGCUCUUGAGAAAUAUAAAAAGAAUGCAUUAUGCUUUAAAUUAUUCUGGUACAAGAUUUUUGUCCACUGAAAAUUAAAAUUACUCUAUUUCCUGAUGGAUUCCGUAUUAACCCUUUCACUGCCAGAGUGUCUGAUAAAGUUUUGUAAGAUGACUCUAACUUUUGAGUCUGUGGACGAAAUCUUAUGAUGUGACCAUUCAAAUGAAAGCUCUCUGCCUGUACUUACACAUGGUGCUAUUUGUUUCUCAAAAUUUUAGAAAAUGAAAUUUGGAAAUUUGGUCGAAAUUUGCCUUUGGCCAAAUUUGGCAGUAAAAGGGUUGAGCUUUUUGAAAUGAUAGCAAAUAGCGUGACGUAGCCCCCUUAACCCCUGUAUUUCUCAAGAGUGACUAACAUCAAUUUUCUCCUAACAGUGUCAAUACGUAAUCAAAGGAUUAGGUUAUGAGAAUUAAUAAAAUGAUCACCUCAAGGAAAAUGCUUUGAUCUUUAAAACGUUCUCUCAACUUUAAGGAAAUGUAUGAAGAUCAGUCUGGAGAAUUUGUUUAUAGGAAUUGGGGCUUCACCCUCAUUCACACCCAAGCUUAAACAUGUUUGAAAGCUGUUUAGCUGAACACAGUUUUUUUUCUUGAAGGUGCUAACUGUUCUCUUAUUUGAAUUGAAAUAUAUGAAAUGAAUCAUGGUUUGAACUGCGGAUAAAGAUAUGAAAGUGAACAUGAUCUUCACAGAAGAAUGAACAACCUGAGCGGUUGAAAAAGAACCUGAAAAAAUUAAGGCUUGAUCGGGUAUCAACGCUCUAUCCACUGAGCUAAUCAGGCCAGCUGGAGAGCAGGCCAUUGUGAGUUCGUAACAUACCCGAUGGUGGAAAUUACAUGAAUUGAAAUAUAUGAAAUGAAUUAUAUUUUGUACUGAAAAGGUUAGUGCAAUUAUGGGAUCAUUUUAUGUUUCUGUGAAACUGGCCACCUACCCCUCCCCUAAACCAACAUUAACACUUAGUUCUUACUUAGGGCAAGAUAUUGGUCAAGGGGAGGGGUAGGUGGGCAGUUUCCGAGAAACGUAAAAUGAUCACAAUUAUGUGACAUGUUAAGGUUUAUUUAUAAAAGCCCCUGUCACUAGCACACAGAAGUUAAUUUCUUGGACACUUUUCGGUCUGCAGGUAUCGUCGCAGAGCUCGCUCAUGUAUCGGAUCCUUUGCUGGCGCGUAUCCUGUCCUGGUUCCUCCAGUCGAAGAUGCAAGUCGCUCUCACGAGCACCACCGAACAACAGCGGAAAGUUUAUGAUGCCGGAUGCCCAGCUUACUGUGAGGCCACUCUGUUACCUUUUUCUAAAAGAGACUUUGACGGCAGCGACGGUAAGUCUUUGCCUCUAGAACUGCCUUCUCCUCCGUCCAACUACCGCAGUCCAAUCGAAUUCGCGGUGAAUCUCCUGGAAUUCACUAGCGACAAUGGCUACCUUCGCUGUAGCCUGUUCUGGAACCUGCUGUCGAAAAACAAUAGUGGUUAACGACCUGAAAUCAGGGCAAACAUAUCGCGAGCAUCUUACAAAAAUGAAGCAGUCUUGCCCCACAAUCCUCACUCGUGAUGGGAAGAUGAUUGCAUCCGACGGGCUUAUGGAUCCAAAGCGAAAGUGCCCCGAUAGGUUGGAAGAUUUGAAGUUCGCAUUCGGUGCACUACCUCCUCGAGAAACCCCGCAGUAUCGGCAGUUAAUAGAGAAGUGUGAAUCUCUUGGGCGCUUGCAGAAGGUUUGCGAGAACCAUGAGACGGAGAUGGUUCAAGGCCGCGCACGUGAGGAGCGGCUGAACGAGUUAAGGAAGAGCUUGUCUCCUCGCAUUAACGAACUGGAGAAGGAGCUGCGAAAGUUAAGGCCCGGGUUGGAAAGGGACAGUAGUGAACCACCCGACAAAAGGAGGAGAAGAUAACUACACUUAUCCUUCUUACUUAACCCUUUAAGUCCCAAUAGUGACCAACAGCAAUUUUCUCCUAACAAUGUCCAUACAUUGUCAAGAGGUAAGGUUGUGAGAAUAUAAAAAAAUGACCACGAAAGAGAAAGUGCCUUGAUAUUUUAUUAAAUCUCUCAACUAAUUCUUAAAGGAAAUGUAUGGAGAUCAGUUUGGAGAAUUUGUAUGUGGAUACUGGGGCUUAAAGGGUUAACGUUACAUUUGACUUCUUUUUCCCUUCACCAUGUGCGUUUUCGUCCCCAUUACAGCUUUGAAGGGAUGACAGGGGGUAGGGUGUGUAAUCCUUAAGUAAUUGACUACAAUAGCAAAGUACAGUUGAACCCCCUCCCCCCAAAAAAAAAAAAAACACACACACACACACUCUAAGC